UAAUGUUUAACUUUGACAUUUUCUUUUUGAAUUUAGCAUCACCGUAAGGAUUAUAUAAUAUAAAUCCAAAUUAAAUUUACGUUAUGUCUAGCGCAACGGUACCGUUGCUUUAAUUUUUUUCUUAAAGUCACGGUAGUAAAGUUUGAUUGGUUUAUUUUAAGUCAUGGCUGCGAAUAUGAUUGGUUGAUUUUGAAAAAUUUAUUUGUACAUAAAAAAAUAAAACUUCUUGAACCAGUAGUGUGUUUAGCAUUGUGUUAGCUGAUUUAUUAUCAUCUCGGGGUGAUCCGGGAUCAAAUCCUUCGUUUAGUGAAAUGUUUUUAUAUGUUUUUUAACUAUUUUUUUUUAUUGAAAGUUACAUUGAUUUUUAUUAUUUACAAACAUCGACUGAUAUAUAGGGAUAGGCGCAGUGAGUGUACAUACAUCCACUGAUUUAGGGAUAGGCGCAGUGAGUGUACAUACUUCAAUUAAGGGGUUUUGGUUUGGGCAUGCAUUAUUUAAAAAAAGAAAAAAAAAAUCAACCAAUUAGAAAUCACUACCGUGACUUUAAGAAAAAAAUUAAAGCGAUGGUACCAUUGUGCGAGAAACAGCGUUAAAUUUAACAUAGAGAAUUUUUUUUUCAUAUAGUGUCUCCAUAAGAAAUAUAUGAUAUAAAUAGUAAUGAAGUUUAACAUAAAAAUACAAUUAGAGUUUAAUGUCACCACAAGGAUUUGGUGUAUUUGCUAAUUCAAAUUUUGAUAAAGGAUGUUUUUUGCUUGAGUACAGAGGAGAGAUUAUUUCUGAAAGAGAAGCAGCCACCAGACUUAAAACUUAUGAAAAAAAUGAAAUUGGGUGUUUUAUAUAUCAUGGAAUUAAAGAUGUGUAUGGUAAAUCUGUAUGUAUCGAUGCUACUAACCAGGUGGACUCGCUUGGAAAAAUGGUGAAUGACUCAACAAUAAAUUUUGCUAACUCAAUAAUGAAGAGAAUUGUUAUUUCAAGUUGUGUCCAUCUCUGCCUGUUUGCUUUAAAGUCUAUUGAUAUAGGGACAGAAAUUAGGUAUGAUUAUGGUGAUCAUGAUGAAUUGAUGCAUUGGAGAAAGCAGAAAUCAUUGUGGCAUCCUUAUACUCUAGCUCAACUAACACCAGAAAAUAAUAAAAUUUUGGAAGUUUCUAAAUUUAAUGAAAGUUUACCCCAUUCAACUCCAAAGAAGUCAUCAUGUAAUCCUUAUACUCAACCAACAUCAGAAAAUGAGGAAAUGUUUAGAGUUUCUAAAUUUAAUAAAAGUUUUAACUCCUCAACGCCAAAGGUUGAUUUUGAAGUUUCAUCUUCUUCAAAAUGUUUAGCAGAUAUAGUAGAUUUGGAUUUUUAUGAUUCAGAUUCCAGUAUAGAAUAUCUACCAUCACUCAAUAUUUUGCUAGCUAAUGCAACUCAAGAAAAAGAUAAUUUCAACCAUAAAAGUGAUUUAGAAACAGAACUUUUGCCGUCUGUGCUUAAUUGCAGUGGGUAUAAAACCCAUGCACCAAUUGAUAGUUUUGGUACAACAUUAGAUUCCUCAGAAGAAUCAGUUGAAUUCAAUAAUGAUUCUUUAACAGAAAGAGGUUUUUUAAAUAAAAAUAUAGAAACAAUUUGUUUUCAAAAGACUUUUAAAAAUAAGAAAGAUUCUUUAAUAGAAAUGAAAUCUAAAAAUGAAUUCUUAGAGAAAAAGUAUAAAAAACCUUCUCGCCCUUGCAUGUUUUGCCAAAAGACACAGACAAGAUUGAAGCGACAUAUUCUUAAAAAACACAAAAAUGAACCUUUAGUAAUACCAAUUUUAUCUAUGAAUAAAAAAGAACAAGAUAGAGAACUAGAUGUUUUGCGAAAGAAAGGGAUUAGAAAUUAUAACUCUGUUAUUUUAAAAACAGAAAAUAAUGAGUUUAUGAGAGAGCGUCGUAAUUUCAAUUGUACGCAAGAUAUGCCAGUUAUGUGCUCUGAAUGUAAAGGGUUCUUUUCAAAAAAAUUUAAAGCUAGACAUCAACUAAGUUGUCCAGCAUCCAAUAUAAAUGUUAUGGUGCCUAUUGUUUCUUUAACAUCCAUAAUUAAAGUUGAUGAAUAUCCUGAUGAUUUUAAAGAACUCAUAAGUACUUUGAUACUCGAUGAAGUUGGAGAUUGUGUUAAAACAGAUGAAAUUAUUUUAAUGGUUGGAUUAAGGUCAUUUUACUCACUUAAAAUUCAUAGAAGGUCGUAGAACUGUACGUGCACGAAUGCAUUUGUUAGCUCGCAUAUAUCUAUUGUUUAAGUUGUACUACAAGCAACAAACAAGUGUUAAACUGGUUUUAGAAAUGAAUAAUGCAGCUGAUAUGUUCCGCAGGGAAACCAUGGAUAUCUUGAGCAAAUCAAUAAAUAAACUUUGUGAAAACCCUGAUACAGAGUUAAAAGAAUUCUCUAUUUCUGGCCAGAAAAGUGGACUCAAAAUAAGUAUAUUAAAUAUCAUUAAACUGUCUGGUAAAAUAAUUAUAGGUCAUUUUUUAGUUCAAAAUGAAGAUGAAAGAUCUAAUAGAGUAGUGGAUUUUCUAAAGGUAUUUAAGUUAUUUGAAAACCAAAUAUUUGGAGAUGCAUAUUAUGAUCUGAACUACAGGAAAAAUAAAAGUUUGCGGAAACCAAUAAACUUGCCAAACGAUGCAGAUGUAAUCUUAUUAUUUGAGGAGUGCAAAGCUAUUAUGUUGUCGAUAGAUUUGUAUGAGCACCCAUUAAGUAAUUAUGUUAAAAUUAGAUCUGCGACUGCUACUUAUCUAAUAAUCUUUAAUGCUCGCCGAGGUGGAGAACCUGUAAGACUUCAAAUAUACCAGUGGACUGAAGCUGUUAACGGAGAGUGGGUUAUCAAAGGUGACCUUCCAAAAGACUUUGACCAUAGUACUAUGCUUAUAACAUACCAAACAGGCAAAGGGGGCGAUCAUUUAGUACCCUUAAUUUUUCCAUUAGAAACCAUAAAAGCGAUGGAGUAUUUGACAAAAGAAAAAGUGCGUUUAGAAGGUGAAAUUCACAAAGAAAACGAAUAUAUUUUUGCUAGCACUCAAAACAGUCUAGGUCAUGCUAGUGGUUGGCUCUGCAUUAAUGAUAUCUUAAAACGACUAAAUCUUAAAGGAGCAAUUAAUGCAACGAAAAACAGGCACAGAGUUGCUUCAUUACUUGCUAAAUUGCAUCUUUCAAAAAAAGAACAAGAACUAAUAUUUCAACAUUUUGGUCAUUCUGAACGAAUGAACAAAGAUGUAUAUCAAGCUCCUCCUGUAUCUAUGCAAUUACAGACAACUGGUCAAUUUUUGUUGCAAAUUAAUUCAAGUAGCAAUAAUACUUCAGCACAAACUAUUUCAAAUACUGAUGAUCUUUCGUGUGUAGCAAGUGUUUCAACUCCCAAUUUGUAUGAAGUCAAUAUGGAAGGAAAUGAUAAAAUUUAAAAUGUGAAAUGUUAUCCUAAACGAGUAAGACCAAAAGCCAAUAGCGUUAUCAAAAAUUCAGGUUCUGGCUGCAAAGAGACACACGAUGAAAAUAUAGAUGAAAACUUAGACGAAUGCCAUGCCCCUGCUUUCAAUGAUUCUCUUUGUAGUACAUCUGAAAUAAAUAAAAAAGAUCGUAGUUACCAAAUAUGGUCAGAAGUAAGCAAGUCUGCUUUUGAGAAUGAAUUUGCAAGCUACUUAAAAAAGGAUAGCGGUUAUCCAAGUCGGUCAUAUAUUGAAAGGUUUGCCCAAAAGUUUGGCAUAAACUACUCGCAUGUUCGAGCAAGAAUUGUUAAUUGUCGUCGCAUUCGGGUAGAAAAAUUGAAAAAAACAGCUAAGCUUUUAGAAAUCGAUGAAUGAUAAAAAUAUGGACAUAGUUACAUUA